AAAGCUGACCCACUGGGACGUUUUGUGUGUUGGGAAACCUCUUUUGUCCUGUGUCAAGAUGAGGUAAACGAUCAAGGGUAGGGGCCUAUUAAUCAUCGACAGUUCAAAAGUAUGACGAAUAACAAUGCCGUUAGGGAAAUGGAAGCAGGGCACAGGACAGAACACUAGAUGUGUGUUGUAAGUCUUGUGUUCUAAACAAUUUUAUUUAAUAAUAUGAAAGAUAUUUAUAUAUGUCUAUCUUACAAGAUGCAGACUCUUUUACGCUCUUUGCUGCAAUGGAAGUAUUUAUUAUCGUUUUUAGGCGUUAAUGUGAUGACUUUCAAUAAAUCAAUGUUUUUGAGCUAAGAAAAACUUGAGUUAUUCCUAAAUAAUCAAAUAGGUUAUGGACCAUGUGUGCUACUGCUUAAUUUAAAGUGAAUUGAAGAAACACAAGUUGUAAGUUUCGUACACAAAUUCAGUGUAAAUUUUCAAAUUAGCAUAUUGUGACUUCUGUAUGUAGGAAUAACUUUCGAAGUCAGUUUGUGAAUUUCAACAAUGGAUUCGUCAUGGGUGAUAAUAUUUGGUUUACUGGAAGGGCAAUCAAACUGGAAUUUAUGGAAAUAAAAAGCAAGUGUCUAUCUACAUGGUAUUCCCAAAGCACUUGAUGUUACUGAAGAAACCUGCAGAAUUUAUCAUCAGGAAACAAAAGGACCUGAGAACAAUAAAAAGAGAAUACACUGCAGUUCUCAAGCUUAUACAAAGAUCCCAACCGAAGACUCUUGGCACCAGCAACAACUUCAUCAGAUGUCUACACACAUCAAGACCACAAUCUCAACAGCCAGGAAAGAAACCUGAUAAAGAUGAAGAAGACGACAAGAUAUCGUCUUUACUUGUAAAAGCAUUUCUUUGGAUGCUGACUGCAUACAUGCUAAUAGCAAUUGUUUCCCUGCUAUUUCCAAGCAGUAACCAGCCCGAGGUAAUAAGAUAUGUGUCAUGGAAUGAAUUUGUUCAUCAUAUGCUGGCCAAAGGCGAGGUAGAAGAAGUCAUUGUCCGGCCAGAUGUGGAUAUUGUUACAAUUGUGCUGCAUGAAGGAGCUAUCAUUAAAGGGAAAAAAAUUGAUCAUCGGACAUUCCACAUGAAUAUUGUGGACAUCAACAGGUUCGAGGAGAAGUUACGUGAGGCAGAGCGGAGGCUAGGUAUCACAGUAGACAAUGGUGUACCUGUUAUAUACGAACGGAGCACUGACACUGCUGGAAAGCUACUUGCCUCCCUCAUUGUGGUUGGUCUUUUGUUAUCCAUGCUUUCACGGAGCCGCAGCCUGAGACCACCGAUCAGCAUGGAUGCCUUUACUCAACUUGGCCGGGCAAAGUUUACACUGGUUGAUCCAAUGACUGGUCCAGGGAAAGGAGUCCAUUUCUCAGAUGUAGCAGGUCUUCAAGAAGCAAAAAUAGAAGUUAUGGAGUUUGUUGACUAUCUAAAGAGACCUGAACAUUACAGGCGACUUGGUGCAAAGGUACCCAAGGGAGCAUUACUUCUUGGGCCUCCAGGAUGUGGAAAAACCCUUCUUGCCAAAGCUGUUGCAACAGAGGCUAAUGUUCCUUUCUUAUCAAUGAAUGGUUCAGAAUUUAUUGAGAUGAUUGGAGGCCUUGGAGCUGCAAGAGUGAGAGAUCUCUUCAAAGAAGCAAGAAAACGUUCUCCUUGCAUUAUAUAUAUAGAUGAAAUAGAUGCAAUUGGACGAAAAAGAAGUGGAGGAGUAGGUCAGUUUGAUGGAGGAGUUGGUGAAGGAGAACAGACUCUGAAUCAGCUAUUAGUGGAAAUGGAUGGAAUGGCAUCGAAGGAAGGUGUCAUCAUGCUUGCAUCAACUAAUAGGGCUGAUGUGUUAGAUAAGGCAUUACUUCGACCUGGUAGAUUUGAUCGUCAUAUCCUAAUUGACUUACCAACAUUUGAAGAGCGGAAAGAGAUUUUUGAGCAACAUCUCAAGAGCAUAUGUCUAUCAGAGCCUCCUGAGGUAUACUCUAAAAGACUUGCAUAUUUAACACCUGGAUUUAGUGGUGCUGAUAUUGCAAAUGUGUGUAAUGAGGCUGCACUCCAUGCAGCUCGAAGCAAACAAAAAUGUGUCACAGGGUCUGACUUGGAAUAUGCUGUUGAGAGACUUGUUGGUGGCACAGAGAAACGUACAAGUGUGAUGUCUCCAGCAGAGAAGCGAACUGUCGCCUAUCAUGAAGCAGGACAUGCUAUAGUAGGCUGGAUGUUGCCACACACUGAUGCACUGCUUAAGGUCACCAUUGUACCAAGAACCUCCUUAGCAUUGGGAUUCGCCCAGUAUACUCCCACUGAGCAGCGAUUGUACUCGCAGGAGGAACUAUUUGAACGGAUGUGCAUGGCAUUGGGUGGCCGUGUUGCUGAAUCUCUAACUUUUAACAAGAUAACUACUGGUGCUCAAAAUGACCUGCAAAAAGUCACGAAAAUGGCGUAUGCACAAGUGAAAAUAUAUGGCAUGAGCAAUACAGUAGGGCUCAUUUCUUUCCCAGAGGAUGAAUCACGUGAAAUUGGGCGUCGGCCGUAUAGUAAACGACUUGCUGCACUAAUUGACGAUGAAGUGAAUAAGUUAGUGGCUCGUGCUUAUAGCCGGACAGAACAGCUGCUGCUUGAGAAUUCUGACAAACUGAAACAGCUUGCUGAAGCUUUACUUAAAAGGGAGACACUUAACUAUGAUGAUGUAGUGGAAUUAAUUGGACCUCCGCCACAUGGGAAAAAGCGCCUCAUUGGCCCAGUGGAAUUUGAAAUGUCAAUCAGUAAAGAUGCUCGUAUGGACAAACCGCAAAAACAACCAGAGUCUCCUAGUGACCGUCAAGAACCAAGUGCAUCAUCAGUUGUAGGAAUUUGAAGAAGUUGCCAUCCAAACUAAUAAAAUUAUUUAUGUUAAACAUUAUAAUUAUUUAAGUUUAGGUCUCGUUCAUAUAUGCUGUUUAUCAUUUGAUAUGAUAGUUCAUGCAAAAUAGUAACAGUCAUCAGAAAAUAAAACAAAUUUGGUGUUCUACAUGAAGGCAGGUCAAGUUGUUGAUCUUUAAUAUCUGUAGGAAGUUGAAUAUCUUGUUAAGAGAAAUUGAUAGGUAAAAGCUAGAUAUUGUGGGAAUUAAGUAAAGUUUGGUGGCAAUGGUCAGAUGUGUGCAAGAUUAUCAACAUACCAUAUUUAUCCAAUUAUAAGACAAAUUUAUUACCCAAAUUCGUCAUUCAAAAAAUACGGGAUCAUCUUAUAUUCGCAGAGUAAACUUCUGCUGCUGAGGUCAACAGUUUUAUGUUGUUUAAUAGAAUACACAGGGAUAGUCUUACAUUUAUGAUGGACAUCUUAGAUUUAGAAGUGAAGCUUCGACUUUGGAGGUGACGCACAGAUUUAUUUCAAAUAAUUCAGAAGGGCAGAGCUUGACAAAUGGUACAUUCCAGCAGGCUUGAAAUUUUUCGUAUACACCAAAGGACUUGAUACAGUAUCGACAAUGCUGGAACAAUCAAAUGAAAUUUGACUCACAGUGCUUGUGCAAGAGAUAUGCAAGAAGCUAUGAACUAGCCAAGUAUAUUACUCUGAUUAAAAUUUGACAUUUUUGCGAAACACAAGAGGAAAUAGCAUUAAAUUUCAUCAUCUUACAAACUUUUGUUGUAUUUGAAUAGGUUUGCAAUAAACGUUCUCAUACGUAUGUGGAUAGGUGUACCCUAUACAAGCAUCAA